UGAUGAUUAAAAAGUUUUAACUGCUUUUUUAAAAUAUGAGAUGUGCUCCAUAUGGUAAGAUCACUACAAAAAGAGACCAAUUAGAGUCUAAAAUAGACUCAUUUUAAGUCCUCGUAAAAUUCUAUGGAUACCAGGAUAUCCAUAAAAACAUGAAUUAACGACUUGGAAGUCUGUGAAAUGUGAAUACAGUCGGACAGCCUCGUUACAUAACUGACACGCGGUUUUGAAACGGUGUAAAAGUGUUGUGCUGUUCCGGGUAAACAUUUUUUCUCUGAGAAAGUCGCGGGGCUCUCGUCUUACUGCUCGCUCCUGCCGUGCAGUAGCAUCUGCUCGGUCACUAGAGGGGGGGAUCUGCUGCACCUGUUCUCCCUGUGCGCCUCCGCUCCCCUUCGGCUAUGUUCGGCUCUUUUCGGGCCGGUUUCCCCUGUCAGAGCUCAGGCUUCUGCUAUAGGACAAUGCAAAUGCACCGCUGUGAUCUCCUCCCAUUGGCCCGUCACACCUCUGUGUGGGAGGGCCACGCUGUCUUUAUAAGUGCAGAUUGCCUUCCAGCGCCUCAGUGACACUGCGUGGUUGCACCGUGAAGCUCUUAAAGACACAAACUGAGGGCUGAUAUAGAGAAAACCAACUGGAAUUUAUCACCUCUUGCAUAAUAACACACACACACACACACACACACACACACACACACGUAAGGUCAACAGCGCACCGCCGGGUGAGAGGUGACAGGACCGUGGGGACCGAAGCUGUAAGUAGACACUGCUUGAAUUAAAUAUCCGGACUGACCACAACAACAGAGGACCAGAGUCUCCCGUCCUGGCCGAGUAGGAGACGGAGCUGCAACUUCAGAUUCACACGAACUUUGAAAACUUGUGCACGUGCCAUUCCGUUUUUUGUUUUUUGUUUUUUGGAUUCCUGGGACUUUGCUUUUUUUCUUCUUCUUCUUCUUCUUCUUGGCACACCUUUACGCACGCCCGCGCAGCGCCUUGUGACUGUCACUAUCCGUCUGAUUUUGAUUGUGUGAGAAACUUUUAAUCCGAGCCAUGCUGCAGUGACGUGGGACUUCAUGAUCAAGUUGCCAACAGCGGGAGGCGAAGAAGGAUGCUUGGAAAAUAUUUAUAACACACCCGAGCGGAGGAGACGAAAUCUUUUCGUGUUACUUGAUCGAGCAGAACCGAGGACACUAAAUCACAAGGAGGCAAGUGGGCUGCAGAGGUGAAGCGAGGACAAGACAGGUUGGUGUCUCCAAAUUCACCGGGCUCGAGUUUCAGCCGCCCCGGGGGCUCCUGGUAGGCUAUUAAAGCGUGCAUUUGACCUGGGAUAAGUUGUCAACAAGAGCAGCGAGCGGAGGCAAACUGGCAGGUGUACAAGUUCAUUUACAUGCAUACGUAUAUUCACGCCACUAUAUAUAGAAGUUGACUUAGGGACGAACAGCCUUAAUAAGUUUCUCCACCCACCCGCCGGCCCUGCAGCAGCUCCACGCACCAGGCGUGUGCGUGUGUCUAUAUAUACACCAUACAGGCUUUUAUUCCUCUCCGCAAUCUGUAUCCGAGAGGGCUGCCGGCCGUCGGUUUGGCUGUGAGGGCAGGAGUCGUCGCAUGGACUGACAUGGCCACCGACCUCGCCAUGAGCGCAGAGCUGCCCAACAGCCCUCUGGCCAUCGAGUACGUUAACGACUUUGACCUGAUGAAGUUUGAGGUGAAGAAGGAGCCGCCGGAGGCCGAUCGCUACUGUCACCGCCUCCCGUCGGGCUCACUCUCCUCCACCCCGAUCAGCACACCCUGCUCCUCCGUGCCUUCCUCGCCGAGCUUCUGCGCCCCGAGCCCUGGCGCGCAGCCCAACCAGAGCCUCGCCAACGGCGUCAACAGCAGCGGCAGCAGCAACAACAGCAGCGGCAACAACAAUCACAGCAACGCGGGCAAGCCUCAGCUGGAGGACCUCUACUGGAUCCCCAGCUACCAGCACCACAUCAACCCCGAGGCGCUCAACCUGACCCCGGAGGACGCGGUGGAGGCCCUCAUCGGUAACGCGCACCACCAUCACCAUCAAGCUUACGAGGGUUUCCGCGGGCAGCAGUACGUCGGAGAGGACCUGUCCACGGCCUCGGCGGCCCACCAUCACCAGGCCCAUCACCACCACCACCAUCAUCACCACCACGGCCACCACGCCCGCCUGGAGGACCGCUUCUCGGACGAGCAGCUGGUCAGCAUGACGGUGCGGGAGCUCAACCGGCAGCUGCGGGGUUUCAGCAAGGAGGAGGUGAUCCGCCUGAAGCAGAAGAGGCGCACCCUGAAGAACCGGGGCUACGCGCAGUCCUGCCGCUUCAAACGCGUCCAACAGAGGCACAUGCUGGAGACCGAGAAGUGCACCCUGCAGAACCAGGUGGAGCAGCUGAAGCAGGACGUGGCGCGCCUCGCCAAGGAGAGGGAUCUUUACAAGGAGAAGUACGAGAAGCUGGCCAGCCGGACCUACAAUGCCGGUGGACCCGCGAACACGAGAGAUCCGUCCGGGAAACAGGCCAACACCGAGUUCUUCAUGUGAGAGACUGAACGAUAGACUCUGAAGUACCCCCCCUUCCCCUCCCCCCUCCCACCCCGUCCACCUAAACAUCCUUGUAACAUUAAUUUAUAUUUUUCAGCGUUUGUAUUUUGUUUACAGUUAUUCCCUACGACAGAAAAAGACUUUGAGAAACAUCUAAACAAAUGAGCGUUAGAUGCGCACAGAAAUAAUCCUCGUGCGCAUUUUGAGUCUUAAAAGAUGUUUCGGCUAAACUUCUGUUCGUCCACAACAACAACAACCUGUCAUGUUGUGAUGUGGGCACAUGGGAUCACUUUAGCCUGCAGACUUUUCUCUGGUGCAACAGAAGCUGGUCAGAAGUCUUACUGAACCAAUCUGACCUUUAACAUGACUGUCUUAAUUCAGAGAGAGAUGAUUUUGUCUUAAACUGGGAGUGGGGGUUGGGAGGGGGUGAUUUUUUUUUAAUAAAGGAAAAUCUGAUUGGACUGAAAUAGAAGCAGAAAAAGCAAUACACCGCCUCUCCUUUGGCUCCAGGAAAGCUCAACGGACUUUUAUUUGUGUGUGAAAGAGAGACGGUCAAGUGAUUUUCAAUAUUGCAAGUCUAUAGUUUCCCCAUCCCUAUUUGCAACCCUGCAUGCAGGACAUGUAUGGUAACCUCCAGUCAUCUCCCCUGAAUCCUUCCACAUGUAUGGAAAGCAUGGCCCAUGGUUCUCUCCUCCUCUAACGCUUCUCCUCCUCCUCCUCCUCCUCCUCCUUCCUCUGCCAUCAGUAAAGGCCUGGGUAUGCAAAAAGCCACAAAAAUGUCCCCCUCCUCCUCCUCCUCCCCACCACCUUCUUCAUAAACCCCCCCGGAGAGGUGCAAGGACUGCAGACAAAAAUGCAAAAAAACAAUCUGCUACUUAGAAAAAAAAAUGGAUGCGUCUUUAACUGCUAUUUUCAAUCAAUUUUUCUAUUGUUUUAAAAAAAGAAAAGGGAAAAAAACGACAAAAAAGAGAUUAUCUGAGCCAGAUUUUAGACUGUAUUUAUUUCCACCUGUACAUAAUGUGUAGAGAAAAAAAACAGUUACCUGUGUUAUUUUAACCUUUUUCUCUCUUUUUAAAGGAAAAAAAAAUUGCUUUUGUUGCUUGGAUUAUUCGAAAAAUGUCUUAAUACGAAAAAUGUUUGUAUGUUACAGCAUGCAAAUCGUCUAAUGGUAUCCUCCUCCUACUGAACAUGUGUAAUGUCAAAGGCAAGCCUAUACUGCACUAAGAAGAGAUCAAACUAGACAAAACGUUUUGUUUUCUACCUUCAUAGGACCUUUGAUCUGUUCCUCUCUAUAAAAAAAAAACAUUAAAAAAAAACCCGGAUGUAAAUUUGAUGAGGUUUAUUAGACGGACAAGGACUGCAUUCGCUGCUAAAACUCUAUGCACCAACCUGAUGAUUAAAAAGACUUAAUGAUUAGGCUAUUUCUGUUUUUUACUUUCAAUAUUUGUAGACGAAAUUUAUUAUUUUUUUCUAGGGGGCCUGCGGGUUUCCUCUCGCAGCCCGGUGUCUUAAUAAGAUCUUGUGUCUGAUGGGAGGAUGCUUGAUUGUUUUUAUGUUUUUUUUUUCCUUGGUGGUAGAGCUCACUGUUCUUGGAGUAACUCGAUGCAUUAUUCUGUCAACAAGAAAUCCCUGGUUCGUGUGUUUUUUCUGCUGCCUAGAUAUAUGUGCAAUAUUGUGCAGAAGUGUCCGAUGUUCAGCCUACCUGUUGUUGGUGGUUGGUGGAUGAUGGUGGGAACGUGCAGGAAGAGAUGAUUCAAUUUUAGAUCGUAAUGACACCGAAUAACAGCAAGAAAAAGCAAAAAGGAUAAAUGUGAAAUUAAAAGUUCCUGUUUUAAUGCGAAGCAAAAAGGUUUUUUUUUUUUUUUGCGAGACAUCUGCAAAUUAAUCUUUUUUAAAAUCGAGGCGCCUCUCUGUAACUUUAUUCGUUUAAAUCUGAUUAUUUUUUUCUUCUUUUAUUUGAUGCAACUUGAAAUUUUAAUAAUUCCUUCUAAAUCCGAAAUCUUGAUUUGACCCUCAACAAAUGAGAUUAAAAAAAACAAACAAACAAACCCGAAAGCAAACUUCUGCACAGUGCUGUUAAUGUAUAUCUGUACAUAUAAUUUCUAUAUUUAUUCAAUGAACGUGUCCUAACGUGUCAACAAGUGAAAAACCUACAAAGUGGAACGUUGUUGAGAAUCUUGUUUUCAUAAUGUUUAAUAAAAAGUUC